AUGGCCACAGAGAAAUCUAAGUCAACUGACCAGGCUCGCGUUCGUGCCACUGCCUUGCGCCAAGCCAAGGACAUCGAAGACAGAAAGAAACUGCAGACUCGCAUAGCCGACCUCGUCGUGGAGGCUUUUGAUCUUCCUUCCAGAUCCGAUGCUGACCCGGCCAACCCAGACCCCGCAGACGCUUCGUUGUUCAGACACUGUCUGAGCCUGUUCCAAGCCUCUGACCUUGAUGAUCUCAUCUACGAACGAAACGUAGACAACCGAUGUGGCUACGCUCUUUGUUCGAGACCUAACCAGAAACUGGCGCAUGGCGGCGAGAAGGUCUGGAACCGGAAAGGUGGCAAGGACUUCAAACUCAUCAACAGAACCGAGCUGGAAAAGUGGUGCUCAAAGUCUUGCCAAGAGAGGACUGCUUUUGUGCGAGCCCAACUGGGAACGGAGCCGGCGUGGCUUCGGAUUAUUAGGGCUGUUGACAUCAAGCUGCUCGAUGAACUUGACGCUGACAGUCUGACCAAGUCUUUCAAGGUAGAUCCUGGAUCUGAAUGCCGGCCCAUGUCGUUAGGAAAGUAG